AAAAAAAUUACGAAACGUCAACUAAUUUUUACGAUUGCUCAUAAUAGGUACAGUUUUUUGCGUUGUUUUGUCUUAAUUUGUAGCCACAAUUCAUCUGAUGAUGCUAAAGAAUCGAAAAACGUAGUACAAUUUAGUAGUUAUUAGUAAUUUGGCUGUGAAAAUCCGUUCAGAAGAAGAUGGCAAGUGAAACAACGGAUGGUUCGAAAGUGGAGGGCGGGGGCGAGAGCGGCGACCCCGCCGACCAGGUGCGGCGCGAGCUCGAGGAGCAGUUUAACGUGCAACGCGCCAGAAUGAAAGAGCUUUUCUUACAGAAAGAAGAGGAGUUGUCAGCGGCGACGGCGGCGCGUGCGCUGCUGCAGUCGGAGGCGGCCGGGCUGCGCGCGCAGCUGCAGCAACUGCAGAUCCUGUGCGACAACCAACAGUCGGAGCUGCAGAACCUGCAGUUACUUGUUUCUGAGACGGUAGAGGCGUCGUCGUCAGGGUCAGAGGAGGUGCGUCGGGUGCGCGCGCGCAACCUCGAGCUAGAGCAACAGCUUGCGCAGCUCAAGAGGCAGCUGGCAGCGCAGCAGCAGGACCUGUCUCUGGCGCCGGCGACACUGGUCCGCUCGCUCGCCCGUAAGCUGGGCGCCGACACCGAGGACCAGCAGCCCACUAGAAAGAAUGUGGAGGAAGGUGAGCUGAUGCAGUCCAUCAUCCAGCCGCUGGACCAGGAGAUCACGGCGCUCAAACACAAGCUACGGGAGACUGACAAGCAGCUGCAGGAUGCCUUGAAAGAGUUAGCUGCAAGAAAUUCAACUGGCGCCACGUCAGCUGGCGACAGCAGACCGGAAUCAGAGCCGGGCCGUCAAUGCGACAUGUGCGCCAACUAUGAGAAGCAGCUGGUAUCGGAGCAGGCGGCGGCGGAUGCGGCGCGCGAGCGAGCCAACAAGCUAGAUCAGGCGCUUAGAAUGGCAACAGAAGAGUUAGAAGGCGUGCGUUCAAUCCACGACGAGACAGUGAGGUCGUGGCACAGCGAGCGCGCCGCCAGCACUGAACAGCUGGAGAGGCUCACCACAGCCGUGGAAGGCGCUAAGGCGGCGCUACAAAAGCGCGCACAGGAGGCCGAGGAGGCGUCACAACGAGCGCUGGAAUUAGUUACUACGCUGACUGUCGAUCGGGAGACCCUACAAAAGAAACUGGACACGUUAGAGCGUGACAACGCGGCGCUGGUGGGGCAGUAUACGAAGAAGGCGGCCGAAAUGCAGAACGAGGUCAUCGACCUGCCGGACAAUAUUGUUGAACUCCAAGAACACACCCUACAACUCCGCGAGCAACUAAUAGAAUGCGCCAUCGGCCGAGAGAGGGCGCUGGACGCUGAGAACGAGCUGCGCGCGCAGCUGUUGCAACAGGGGGCGCUGUUCCACAGGCAGGACGCCGAGCUGGCGGCCGUCAGGCAGCAGCUACGGGAAGCCAGGGAGGCAGUGGACCGCAUGCAGACGGAGCACGCUCAGAUGCAGGAGCUGGGUGACAAGCUGCGCCAUUCCAACGACAUGAUUGAGAAGUUGCUCGAAGAUAAGAAACGUCUUCAAACGGAGGUGGCGGAGCUCCGGCAGCGGGUGUCGGUGCUGCAGCAGGAGCUUGACAACAGCGAGAAGGUGCAGCAAGACUUCGUCAGGCUGUCACAGUCGCUACAGGUGCAACUCCAGCGCAUCCGCGAGGCAGACACGGAGGUGCGGUGGCAACAUGACGAGGACGUCAGCGAGUGUCCGUCUUGUCACACGCCCUUGCCGAACAGCAAGAAAAAGGUGCACUGCCGCCACUGCGGGCGCAUCUUCUGCGCGGGCUGCGCGUCGCACGCGGUGGCGGCCGGGCCGCGCGGCCUGCCGGCGCGCGUGUGCGCCGUGUGCCGCACGCUGCUGCAGCCGCACGCCGCGCCCUACUUCAGCACGCAGCCGCCGCACUCGCCCGACUGAGGCGGGGCCGCUGUGCCGCCGUAUUCUAAUCAAUCCUUAUUUUACAAUAGGCAUACAUCGAUGAAAUCAUACCUGUUUUCCAAAAGGGUAGGCCGAGGCUACAAGACCCAUUUGCUACGAUCCUAACGCAGUUUAACCCUCCCUCUCAUCUCACAUCAUUUUAAAAAGUUGCAAUAACCUUUACAAAGAAUACCCCAUCACCUUAACCUCGUAGAUCUGAUUUUUCAGGCACUAUAGUUAAACAAUGGAGAUCGGAUUUUGAAAGAACAACUACCCAUUGUAAGUUUAUAUUCGUUAUUUAUAAUUCAUUACACUUUAUGUAACUUCAGUUAUCUGACACAUAUUCUUAUAAGAGAUUGCGAUAUGAACACCUUAUCAUACAACGGUAAAGCUUCGCUAUUUCGCGCUUUUUUAAAUACCUAUCCAACACCAUUAUAUACAUCAUAUUCCGUAGGCGAGUAGUGCUGGCCGAAUAUGAAUGAUUCAUUCGAAAGUCCGGGUAUUCGUAUUAUUCGAUUAUAGAACAGAGCUAUUCGAAUGAAAGACAAACAUACGAAUGAAUUUGCAUCAUUCGAAUGUGUAUUAUGCUGUAAACAGCAUUUUUUAACUUUAACAUCUUGAAAUAUAAAUAAUCAUGCAAAUAGUUAUUUGUGCUCAAUAAUAUACAAGUCGCGUUAAAUUAACAAAAAAAAAAAACAAUUCGAAUUUAUUAUUUUCGAUGUAAAGCGUGCGAUAGCGAAGAAUGACAACAGGUAUUACAUACCUAAAUAGUGCAAUUAGGAUGGUUAAGGUACUGGUGAGCAUAGGGCCUAAUGUGCAAUCACUGAUGCGCGUAGGUAUAGCAUGAUGUGCACUUUCGUUAUCAUUAUUUAGAUAAAAUAUUGUCCAAACCCGACUUCAAAAAAGUUACUCUUGUCGCCAGACGCAAACUUCAGUCUAAGAUUCUACCUACAAUAUCAGAGAUUAGCCACCUUGCAAUAACGUUUUGAUAGCGUUAUUACAGGCAGGUAUAACCCAUUCAGAAUUAAACACCUUACUAGGUCAAUGCAUAUAUGCGAGGCGCGGCAAUCGUGCGAGUUGCAACGCCAAGUCAACUCAAAUUGACAAUACAAAGUGUAACUAUGUUACCCUUAAAACACAAAUCUGAAUAGGGCAUUUGAAUGGGUCGUUAAAUUAUAAAAUGUGAAUCUAGGAAUAGAAGCCAGCCUAAGUUGAUCAAAAAUAAAUCUCAUUUUUCGUUUCGAGUUAUUUUCGAAUUUUAUUUAUGAAUUAAGUAACAAUGAGUACGACGUUUGACUGAUUUUAUUGAUGACGUCACAGGACAGUAUUUCUCACGUAUUUCUAUACAAACCCCAAAGAAACGUCAAUUAAGAUAUAUUUGAGUUGUAGAUCGCGAUCGAAACGCUUUACAACUUGGCUAACCCCUUUUCAAUCAAAGUGCACACGAUGUUGUAUCUACAUGCAAGUUUUUUCAUAGUUAUAACGCAUUGUUACAUCAAUCCUACUUUUGUUAUCAAAGAUAAUGAUGUAAAUUGUCAAGCAAUACGCCACCUAUUGAGGUGUACCAGUAAUAAUCUGAAGUUUCAGUUAUUAAAUUACAUCCCAGUCAAGUUAUUUCAACGAUUCUAACACGCAACAGUGCAAUGUACAGAUAAAGUUUCAAAUUAUAGAGUAAAAUAAGUGGCGGUUGAAUAUAAUAUCUAUUUAUUCUAAAAAUAAUGAAUAGUUCUGCCCCUUGAGCCACUGUAAAUACACAGUUAUGAAUUAGCCUGUAAAGAAAAUGAAAAAGGAAAUUUUAAAUUAAAUUUGGGCCAUUCCAAAGAUUUUUUGUCGUAUAUUAUGUAAAUUAAGUUUUUAAAAUCAAUUUGAUUUUCUUUUCGAGUUUUUGAAUCGAAUAAUAAAUUUACAAUUUGUAUUUAACAAAAACACGUUUAUCUUUGUUUAGGCAAAGAUUGGCUUUUCAAAACAUUUUUUUAUUUGGAAAAUAUAAAAAUACGUUGAAAAAACGCACGAUAUGAUUUUUUGAAAAUGGAUUUAGAUCUUUCCCCAAGUUAUUUCGUUUAAAAGUACUCAAAUGUGGUAAGGGAUAUCUCAAUCCCAAAGGACCUAGUUUAUUUACGAGUUAUGGUAAAUUAUUUUCGUGCAAUGAAAAUGUAAUGUUAUUUAGUUAAUGUAAAGUCGGUCGCCGGAGAGGCGCGAGUGAUACCAAGUGCUAAAUGGCGCCCUGUAAUAUUACUGUAAGAUACAUUUUAUUGUAAAUAAAAGAGCUCGAUACGA